AUGAUAGCGGGUGACUCCAUCACACAUGGACAAGAAGGAGAUUACACCUGGCGGUAUCGACUCUGGGAGUGGCUGACCAAGCAGAAUGUUGCGUUCGACUUUGUGGGGCCAUACACCGGAGUUGACACACCGCUGGAAGCAAGACCUCCUCAACCUCCUCAGCCGACUGAGAUCCCAAAUCAUCCAUUCUGGGAAGAUCCCAAUUAUCCGGGAACUGGGACUCACCGGAUAGAAUGGGGCUACGCAGAAGACGCAGCCAAGAACUUCGAUGCCGACCACUUUGCCACGAGCGGGUACAAAGUUGAGCUUGCCAGCUCAGUCAUUCACGGCCGGGUGCGAGAGUACGCGCCAGACAUACUUCUUGUGCUAAUGGGCUAUAAUGACCUUGCCUGGAGCUGCGGUAGCUGGGUUGGCUUCUCUUGUCUCGACAACGAUCUACCGCAAAGGGUUCUGGCGCAUACCAAAAAGUUAAUUGACGAGGCCAGAAGAGCAAAUCCGUCUAUCAAGCUAGCCAUAGGGAAUGUCGUGCAUCGUACCUUGAUCAGAGACGAUAUCGUCCGGAACACCGUGUCGUAUAAUAACAUGCUCAGCGGGUCAAUACCACAGUGGACCACAGCUGAGUCGCCGGUUUACCUCGUUGACGUCGCAAGUGAAUAUUCUUGCGGACCAGAUCGACCAUGCCCUGGUGCAUUCGAUGGUUUGCAUCCCAGUAUGCUUGGCGAAUACGAAAUCGCUCGAGCAUUUACCAAAGUGAUGAUCGAGAAUUUCAGAAUCGGGGGUGAACCACUGAUCACAGUACCCAACGUCUCGACGCUUCCUCGGAAAGACUUGUCCCCGCCAGCGAAUAUCAGAGCGGAUGGCUCACCGACGGGCAUCAAAUUGACUUGGGAUCGCCGAUAUGGUAUCGUUAUGUAUGAGUCUGGAUGGCGUGAGCAGGGGACGACGGAAUGGAUGGUGCUCAAGCAGCCCAGAAAUAGGACAGAUCUCAUUCUUUCUGAAUCUGGUCUGAAGUACGAAUUCCGACUGCGGGCAUGCUAUGGCUUGGAGUGUACCAGCGAGUGGUCAGAUGUUGUCACAGCCACAUCAAACAGAGCAACUGCGCCUCCGCCCGAAGCCAUACGAACAGUUGCUACCGACACUGGCUUCGAUGUAAGCUGGUCGUCUCCGAUCGAUGCGAAGAAGUGGAACAUUACGCAGUAUGAAGUCGGCUUCGGGGUUCCAGGUGCCUUGUUCUACAACUCCACCGGAUCUUUGGGUUUGAAAGGAAGCUUCACCGGACUGAUUGUAGGAGGAAUAUACACAGUCCGUGCAGCUACCUGGACAGACCCCGAGGGCGGCAGUCUAUACGCGUACGGUCGGCCUAUCCUUGUUGGAGGUGGCGUUCCUCACACGCCAUCGUCGCUGAACUUGAUAGCAGUAAACGACACAAGUAUUCGUGCUACUUGGCAAGCAUCCCAAGGUGCCGCAGGAUAUGUUCUCGCUCUCCAUAAGCCAGGUGGGAGGUCAAGCUCCAUCGGGAAGGACUCUAUAAUCGCAUACGGCCCUCUCCAGGACCUGAGCGUUCCCAGCUUAUUACGCCAUCAAAUCAAGGUCUGCGUAAUGGCUGUGAACGGCGUUCUCGAGUCAGAUUUGACUUGUGCGUUGAUAGGACAGCCUGGUACCGAGAUGUAUUCGGACGAGAACGGGAGGAAUUUCCUGUAUCCAGGCACGCUUUUCGCGGCAGUGUUCAUGAUUACGACGUAUAUGCUCUGGCGCAGAGUCAGGAGGAGAAAAGGGCGGUAUAGUUGACGCACCAACAGUCGUCAGCGGAAGACCGCGGUACUUCAGACGGUUCUCUGCGACACAAUCUCGCCCAAGGUCCAGCCAGUCAGCUCGGAGCUUACGGGAAACCCGGAGUCAAAAAGACCUUUUUGCGACUGCUUUGGGCGAGGCACGCAAGUCGCUGCUCCCGAAUAUCCUACAAGCAUUCGGUCUC